UGUGUUCCAAAAAGUUUUCGAUUUUUUUAUUAUGAAAAUUUUGUUUUUGUACAAACAAUAGUUCUUCGAAAUUAUUUGUGUAAUUUGAAAUUCUCUGCAUUCCGCGCACAAAUCACGAAUUUCCCUUACAGAAACGCUCCACCGACGCAGCGAAAUGCAACAGAAGACAAGUUGUAGCGACACAGCCGUGAAGAACGCCAGCGCGAUUGUGGACAAAGCCAUCGGCGAGGCUGUCGCUUGGAUAGCCUCCGACCCCGCGGAACGCUUUCUCUACAAAUAUCCACGUGAGUGCGAGCAGCGACCGAACAAUCGCUUGAGACUUGCUAGUACCUGGCUGUUGGGUGCCGAAGGUGCUGCCACUUCGGCGAAGGAGCGUCGCAGCAGCAUACGAGCCGUUACCGAAACGAAUACGCGUAAACGCAUAGAUUGGUUGCGCAUCGAUGAAUUCGCUCUGCAUCAGUUGGUGCAGCUGGUCUACGAUUAUUUGAGCUUAUGGCGCCUCACGCCCAGCACCCGUUAUCAGGUGCAUCUGGAACGGGAUGUACCGUGUAAGGAACCACAGGGCUGCACUUACAGCUUAAGCGCAUUAUUCACGCGUCAGCCGCAGACGGCGCUGGUGGAGCGCAAACCAGUAGCCAUGACGCAGGUUAAGUUCCAAGUGCACAUCUCCGAUUUGUUGCCUAAAUUCUAUCCCAUCAUGAUGACCUAUCGCUUUGAGAACUCCAAUAUGGACUAUUAUGCGCUGGGGAAUCGACGCUUACGUCGCUUGGAUUUUCAGCGCUUCUUCAUCGAUAUGGCGCUGGAGGCAAAAUUGGGUUUCUAUGCACAGCUCUUGGGAACGCUUGCUUUUGGCCCCCAACCAAGUUGUGCGCCGGAAGAGCAGAAGAGCAGAAGGGAUGAAACAAGUAAGGAGGAUGAGGAUAAAGCUCGAAAUGGUUUGUGCCUGUGCACUGCAGAGGCGAGUAAGUCUCGUCUUGAAUUUGAGUGAUGCAAUGAAAAUGCCGGCGUCAGUUAGUGGGAGAAUCAAACUUUCCAUGGGGAGGCGCCGGUAAACGAGCGGAAUACAGCAUACUUUAGUGGCAUGUAAGAAAGAAAUAGAAAUAGUUAAUUGAGCGCCCUAGAACGGAGAACCGCACGAAAAAAAAUAUUUUCACUCAACUCAACCCCAGACUUAAAACUUUAUAAUCGCAGCUCAGCAAUAAAAUGGUGAAAAUCAAA